AUAAUUAUUUAAUAUCCAAUUAAUAGAAAAUGAGUGGUUGGUUAGGUGGAAAAGCAAAGCAAAGCAAAGCAAGCUUGCUUCCAUGGCGUCCAUAUUCCCCAAUUUUGAAAACUCCAUCACUUCUCACCACUCCCUUCAUUAACCCUAAAUCGUUUUCAAAUCUCUCUCUCUCUCUCUCUCUCCAUCAUUCAGAUCCAGAGGUUACCGAGGAAGCCAGGGCGUUGAAAAAAAUGUGUCCCCUGAGAUUUAUUCUCAUAUUUCUCUCUGCGACUCUUGCCGGCUUUUUCGUUCUCCGUAACCUCAAAUCGCAACCUCAAGAUUUCGAAGCCGACGAGAAUUCCGAUGCGCAUUCCAACGAUUUGUCUUCCAAUUCCACCUCCUCCAAGGUGACUUCGGCUAUGCAAUCUGGAUUCUGGACGGUGGUCGACAUGGCCAGCGGUCGCUACUUGUGGAGGCAUUUGUUUCCGUCGUCUCAGAAGCGUUCCGAUUGAUGAGAGAUGACGAUACGAUCGGAUUUGCGAUUGCGUCGAGCCGAGCCGAGCCUUGGGGUUUUGUUUGGAUUAAUUGUAUUGUUCAGGUUCGCCAUUGUUGUUGGAUAGUGCUAUGAAUCUCUUGUAUAUCUCCGUCGAUCAAUAAUAUCUCUCUUCCCACUUCUUCCCCCCUUUCCUGUAAAUUUUGUAAAACCUCUCUUCUUUGUUAACAUCCAUGUCUACCAAAAUAAUACAAUCAAUGUUCAUAAAUUCCCUAU